AUGUUAAAAGAACUAUUCGGUUGCUCUGUUGUUUUUAUUCUCUUACUAUUUCCAGCACAAUUAUUUUCAAUAAAUUUCAAAACUGCUUGUGAUUUAUUAAAUCUUCCACGUGAAUGUCAUUGUCAACGAACUCGUACUAUGGCGUUGUUUUCAUCCAAUGAAACACGUUUACGAUGUCGUCAAUUAACAGAUGUAACAACAAAUCAUCGUUGGUCGAGCGUAUUAUAUGAUCAUUUAGCUUUUGAAACAUUCAAUGAUAAUUUAACAGUGCAUCGGCUUGUUUUUUCUAAUAUUAUUGCUCGAACAUUGCGUUUUAAUGCACAAUAUCUUAUUUUAAAUGAUCAUACAUUUGACAGUGGCUAUGUCGGUCAAUUAGCUAUAACAAAUCAGGAUACAUAUGGCCGAAUACAUUUUGAAUUCAAUGGUCAAAUAUUUUAUGGCACAACGAUAACUAAUUUAUAUUUUAAAUUAAUAGAUUUUGAAAUGCCAAUAAAUGAAGUAACCUUUGCGAAUUCAAAAAUCUAUUCAUUCUUAAUUCGAUCAUCGAAAUUUUAUGGUUUUACAAAUCAAAAUGGCGAAAUAGCAUCCAAAAGUCUUACUAAAAUGCAAUAUGACCAUUUUCUUGAAUACGAUAUUUUAUUGCCAAUCAAUCAAAAACAGGUUCCAAACCAACUCCUUGAUUCUAACGAUGAAAGUUCAUCAAUGGAAUCUGAAAAAAGUGUUACUAUGAACGUAACACUAAUGACCAAUCCUGUGUAUAUAACAAUAUUUACAAUAAUCUCGAGUAUUAAUACAAUAAAUUUAACCGAAAGUUAUUUUCCAAAUAAUAUUGUGUAUAGUCAAACAGAAGAAAUCGAACUGAGCUACAAUAAAAUAAAUUCUCUUAAUGCACAUACAUUUCGUCAUUUAAGACAAUUUAAAGGGCGAUUAAUUUUAAGAAAUAAUCACAUCAAAUAUUUACAUCCGUAUGCAUUUAAAGAUUUACUUUUAUUAAAAACUUUAUCAUUGGCAAAAAAUUCGAUUCAAGAUUUAUCAUCAAUGCAUUUUAAAGAAUUAAAUCAAUUGUAUGAACUUGAUCUAGGCUAUAAUCAAAUCAAUGAAUUAAAUAAUUAUACAUUUCAACACUUAUAUAAUUUACGAAUACUCUAUUUAAAUCACAAUCCUCUAGAAAUAAUUCAUUCGGAUGCAUUUUCAAAUCUAACACAAUUGAAACAAAUUCAUUUUCAAGGCGUAGAAUUUAUUCAUUUAAUUGAUCAACAAUAUCUUCAAUGGAUUUGGAAUUUGGCGAGUCUACAUGUUAUUCAUUUACUUAAAACCGAUUUUGAUCUGAGUGAUGUUGCCUUUUGUAUGCUAUCUCAUUAUAAUCAAACAUUAUUUCACGUAUCACAUCAACAUUUUUGCUCGUGUAAUAUUCAUUAUUUUAAUUUUAAUCAACGAUCGAUUGAAAAUUAUUCAAAUUCAAUAUCAAAAUCUACUAGAAAUUAUUUGCGGUUAACUCCUAUCUGUAAUGAAAAGGAAACCGAAUCAAUUUUAAAGCAACAAAUAAAUGACAGUGAUUUAGUAUUUCAAGGUUUAGAAGAUAAAUGUGAUUAUAAAAUAAUGUUUCUCGAUUGUGACGCUAUGACAACAACAACAACAACAACAACAACAACAAUUGAAACGACAAGCGUAUCGAAUGUAUACACAGACACAUCAUUUGCCCCACCUGUUCUCACCGAUGCAACAAGCGAAAUUCCCGUGCCAGCAUUAGCAACAUGGAGUACUCCACAAGUUCCAAAUGAAUCGCCUUUUAAUAAUUUGAAAAAAUUAUUUACUGUGCUUAGCACACUACUAGCAAUAACCGUCGGCGCUAUUGCCGGCGUCUUCUUUUGGUAUCGUUUCAAAGCUAUAAUAAAACAACGAAGAAAAAAGAAAAAUCUUAUCGAACAACAACGACAUUUCAAUUCGCCUGUACUCAAUAAUCAUAACUCCGGAGCGGGUCAAUAUGCUUCGUCGGACACAUUAGGUAGUAUACACAGUGCACGUUUAUCUGGCAGUAAAAGUCACUCAGAAACUUAUGUAGAACCAGCAACAUUACAGGCGUCAAGUCUCUAUAAAAACAUCGAAGCCAUAGAUUCAGACCCAGUCGAAAAUUUUAUUGACGACGAAAGUCUACAUCAAGACUCAACAGAUAAUUCACUCACAGAAAUACCAGCAGUUACUCAAUGUUAA